AUGGCCACCCAGAAGGAAACCACCGCACCACACGAGACAGAUAUCCAACGCUGCGAGAGCUCAGAAAAUGCUUCGGAAAAGGGACUCGACUUUGGCCACGGCCCUCUCGCUCACGUGCGAACCAACCUGUCCGCAAAUCUUCCAGCUUUCGGGGGCGAGAUGCAGCCCUGUCUCUAUCGAUCUGUCUCGCAACGGAAAUUUGCCAAUCCAGAUCCACUCGGAUUGUCAGCCUUCGCAUUGACAACUUUUGUCCUCAGUUUGAUUAAUUUGGAGGUCCGCAACCUCGGCGUGCCCAGAAUCAUAAUUUCUCUGGCGUUCAGUUAUGGCGGCCUUGUUCAAUUGCUCGCAGGGAUGUGGGAAAUGGCCAUUGGCAACACGUUCGGAGCCACCGCACUUUCUUCAUACGGUAGCUUCUGGAUCGCCUUCGCCAUCAUCCUCACUCCGGGCGGGUUUCAGAUCGAGGCGACUAUCGAGGAAGCGGCCGGCCCAGACGCCUGGCUGAACUCGAUUGGAUUCUUCCUUAUGGGCUGGUUUAUUUUCACCACAAUCCUGUUGAUCUGCACUCUGAAGUCCACCGUGGCGUUCUGCGCUAACGGCGCUCCUCACAAAGGCCUGAUGCACGCUGGCGGUGGCUUUGGUAUCAUCACGGCUUUCUUGGCAUGGUACAACGCGUUUGCCGGUAUCGCGGACACAUCCAACAGCUUCUUCAUUGUCCCGGUGGGGCAUUUUCCGUGGUCAGAGAAAGGGAGGAGUACGAGACUCGGUGAUGGAAAUAACGAUGCUGUCUAG